CAGCGAGGAGGAGGGCGAGGAGGAGGCAAGUGGCAACAAAACCACUGCACCUGCCGUGGGAUAGCGAUGCGAGCUCCUGUGGCGUGGGGCUGCCGUCCUGUGGCACGUUGACUGCUGGCCGUUGAAUCUCAGAAGACGAAAAAGAAAAAAUAAAACCAUAAAGGCGGAGGAGGCUUCACGGGACCGUGGGUGAUAAAUCCUGUGACAUCAGCAACAGGUGGAGUCGCUUUCACAUUCCACAGCCGGUAAAACAACCAGUCGUACAUUCUUGCACGCGGAGUACGGAAGUUCCUUGAGCGUCUUGAGGAGGACACCUCGCCUGGUUUGACUUUGUCCCCACCGUGGAAGCUGACUGAAAAUUAGUGAAGAUUUUUUUUCCCCCUCCUUCUCCAUCUGCUGCAUUGACGCCCACUCGACAUGCGGGGCCACAGGAGGCAGCAGAGUAUUGAACUCCUGGAAUUUAUGGGAGUGGUCAGAGAGAAUGGCAGUGAACAGCCGUCGCCUCCUCCUGUGCAAACUCCAUUGUCAUAUGACUAUGUCCUGGUUGCCAAGACACACCAGGAGAGAGAAGCUUUCAAGAAGCAAUCCAGAUUUAUUGAAGAACUGAAAAGAAAGAACUUGAAAGUCACAAAAAUAAUAGAUGAUGAGCUUGUCUUCUAUGGGAUUCAAGCACCUAAAGAAAUUUUUGAGAAGUACAGGUAUCUGCUCAAAGUAUCUGAUGCCUGCAACUGGAGCUCGGAUCAGAACAUCGUGUCUCUCACCACCAGGAUAAGGAUUGUCCAUUUCAUCUUGAAUCACACUCCUAUUCACACAGGAGAGGAUCUGCGAGAUCUCAUGAAGAAGAAGGUUUUUGAGGCAAAGUUCUGCUUGCACGAGAAGAAGAAACAGAGAGAGCUGAAGCAGAGCUGGGCACGAUGGACAGCCUGUCUCCAAGGGCAACCCAUAAGUGCUGUCAGGAACUAUUUUGGGGAGAAGGUGGCUUUGUACUACCUGUGGCUGGGCUGGUACACGUAUUUGCUGAUAUUCCCAGCCCUCAUCGGAGCCAUCAUUUUCCUUUAUGGCCUUGCCUUCUUCAACACGUCACCCCUGAUAAAGGAGGUUUGUGAGGCGAGCACAGUCAUGUGCCCCCUUUGUGACAACAGAUGUAAAGUGUGGCAGCUCUCCGACACAUGCACCUAUGCCAAGGUGAACAUGCUGUUUGACAAUGAUGGCACAGUAUUAUUUGCUAUGUUCAUGGCAGUUUGGGCAACGCUGUUUUUUGAAUUCUGGAAAAGACAUCGAGCUUCCUACGUGUGCGCAUGGAAAGUGUCUGAUUGGUGCGAGGAGGAGGAGGAACUGAUCUUGGAAAUUGUGAACAAUGUUGACUGUAACCCCAAAACGUAUGAGCACUCCUACCUGCGCAGUACGUUGGUGUUGAUCUGUGUCACAGUUAUGAUUCUAGUGAUCAUCGGCCUGACGCAUGCUUUGGUGGUGUUCAGGGUGAUUGCAGCAGUGCUUUUGGCUGAGGGAUCAUGGGAAUUUCUGAGCACCCACUCUAACGGUGGAGCAAUGAUGCUGGGGGCCUUCGUACAUUAUCUGAUUAUCACCAUCAUGACACGGAUCAACCGCGUUGUAGCCAUGAAGCUCUGUGAAAUAGAGAAAACGAGAUCGUUUGCUGCCACAGAGAAAAGUUUCACUGUCAAGAUGUUCACUUUCCAGUUCUUCACUUACUUCUCCUCCCUCUUCUAUGUGGCUUUUUUUCUCGGCAGGAUAAAUGGUCAUCCUGGUGGUUAUGUGCGAAUUGCAGGCAAAUGGAGGCUAGAGGAAUGUCAUCCUAGUGGUUGUCUGACUGAUCUGUUUAUCCAAAUGGCCAUUAUAAUGGUACUAAAGCAAACCAUCAGCAAUGUGUUUGAGUUCACCGGGCCUUGGUUUAGCACAUGGCUGAAGAGGAGAAAAACCCAUAAGCUGCAGAGAAAGUGCGCGCACUGCUAUCUGAAAGAUGAGCUAGAGUAUCAACACGGCGCUGAAAUGUGUGACAACUGCAAGCUUCGAGAUUGGCUUAGCAACUACCGCCUCAAUGAUGUUGACUCCUUUAGCCUGUUUAAUGAGUUCCUAGAAAUGGUGAUCCAGUUCAGCUUCACCACCAUAUUUGUGGCAGCAUUUCCUCUUGCUCCUCUGUUGGCCCUCAUUAAUAACAUCAUUGAGAUAAGACUGGAUGCCAUUAAGAUGGUCACGUUGGAGCGCAGACUAAUACCCAAGAAAACCAAUGAUAUUGGUGUAUGGAUAGACGUGUUAGAGGCAAUAGGUGUCUUGGCAGUCAUUGCAAAUGGGCUUGUCAUCGGCAUAUCCUCAGAUUUCAUCCCUCGACUGGUGUACCGUUAUCACUAUGGCCCGUGUGCCAAUGACACAGCAACAGAUACUGACUGCAUGGCAGGCUACAUCAACAACACUUUAUCCACUGCUCAUGUUUAUGAUGACAGCAUACGCAACGAGUUUUCAGCUGCCCAAAUGGUGACUCACAGUGGCUUGAAUGUUUCUUCAUGCAGCUAUAAAGACUAUCGGAGCGAUGACGACUACAGUCUUACUCCACAAUUUUGGCUCAUUUUAGCUGUGCGCUUUGCAUUUGUCAUCCUAUUUGAGCAUGUUGUUGUCAUAUGCAAAUUCAUUGCAGCCUGGUUUGUACCCAGUGCUCCCAUGCAAGUCAAGAAUGACAGACUCUUUGACAAACUGAACAGACUAAAAGAGGAACUCAGAUCUUUUGAAGCAUGACAACAUUCAGACAUGAUUUUCAUUUUCCUUGACAACACGGGCCUUGCAGUAAUCUGCACUUAAGUGUCAAGUGUGCCGCAUGGAUUCGACAUUCCAGCCAGUCAUUGUCAAUGUGAGGUGAUAAUGUGCGUGGCGCUCACUGGCUUUUAUUGUUUGCAGUCAGAUGUAAGCGCUGGCCAUCUGGUCCCUAAAGGCUGAAGACAAAUGUUGGACAAAAGAGGUGUACAGUAACUUAUGUUACAGAUGUUUACAAUGACCUAAUAUCGUUUGUGACAUUAUUGUUCUUAUUCUUUUUUUAAGAAUGCACUAAUAUCUUUGUUUAAUCAAUAUUUAUGAGGCGUAUGUAUGUGCUUGAAAGACUAAAGAUCAUUACUUCUGCCAAGGAGGUUGUUUUCUGUUUUGGUUUAUUUGUUGUUUGGAUUCCGACCGGCCUGAAAAACAAACCAAAUCAUUUGGUUGUAAAUAAAAGGGCUGAACCUGGACAGUUUUAAAGAAUUGUUAAGCAUUGUGACAUUUUGAGCCUUGGCAGACCUAUGCCCUCUAAUGACCUUUUGCUGUUUUGUGCUAUUUUGCAUACAGUACCUUGUGUGUUGCCUUAUACUGUUAAAAAGCUCUGUGAUAAUUGGUAUUAUUCGCACUUUGUCUUUAGUAAAUCACACAGAAAUGUUUUACAUUAGAAUAUUUUAUAAUAUUGCAUAAAAGAGGAAAUAUUUGCCCUCAAGAAAUGUCUUUUGAAUUGUACUGUUGAAUAAAAAAGUUAA